UUUAAGUACUAAGAUAUGUUUGUGUGUUUUGGAGGGGAGGAGGUUUUCAUUGCAGACUUUGAUCUGAAUAGCUCUCAGUGGAAAAACACCAACUCAGCCACAAAGGGACUGAUUCCUGGAUACAGCAGUUACAACUUCACAAUGAGACUCUUUUACCUUCUUUGGCUUUUUUUCCUGCUGCUGAACGUUGACAAAUCUUUUCAACAGAUCGCAUGUCCAACCCUCCCAGAUGUUCCUCAUGCCCAUGUUUCAGAGGAGACCAAAAGAGCAGAGUACCAAGGCGGACAUAUGAUACAUUUCACUUGUGAACCUGGUUACAAAAUAUCAGGAACAACCAUCAGAUAUGUAUGCUCGAGUGAGGGCUGGCUGGCAAUCGGACAGGGAACGUGCAGCCCAUGUCCAACCCUCCCGGAUGUUCCUCAUGCCCACGUUUCAGAGGAAACCAAAAGAGCAGAGUACCAAGGCGGACAUGUGAUACAUUUCACUUGUGAACCUGGUUACAAAAAAUCAGGUCCAAACAUCAAAUACGUAUGCACAAGUGAGGGCUGGCUGGCAGUUGAACAGGGAACGUGCAGCCAAAUCGCUUGUGAAGUUGGAGUGAUGCCCCCUCAUGUCGAUGCAGUGGGACUUCCACCAGGAACUAAUACAGUCACGGCUGGAUAUAAAUUACAGUUUGAAUGUGACAAUAGACGUCCAGUAGAUGGACCUGCAGAAAUUGAAUGUUUGAAAACCGGGGAGUGGAGUGCUGGCUAUCCAACUUGCGAUGACAAAUGCACAUUGAAAGAUGUGUCAAACACCGUACGCAUGACUCCGAGGGCUUUACCAAACAAUCAACUGAGCAAAGGACAGACGUUGCGUUUUGCUUGCACCAAUAGUAGAGACUCCCUUCUAGGGGAAGCAGAGGUUGAAUGUCUAGCACACGGACAGUGGAGUCAUGACUUCCCAACAUGUGGAGAUGCUUUGACUUGUGGAAAACCACCAUACCUUGAGGAUGGAGACGUCACGACCAGUAGUAAUACCGAAUACAGCCAUGGAGAGACGGUCGAAUACAGCUGUCAGAAUUAUUACACGAUGCAAGGUGGGCCUUACAAAACCUGCAACAAUGGUGAAUGGACUGGAUUGAUAACCUGCCUCAAACCCUGCACUGUCAAUAAAUACAUCAUGGCGAGCAACAAUAUUAGAUUAAAAUAUUUACAAAAAGAGAAGCUGUAUUCAGCCCAUAAUGAUUUCACUGUCUUCACUUGUACCAGAGGAAGACCUGUCGGCACGGUGGAAAUGCGUCAAAGGUGUGUUAAUGGUCAGAUGAACUUCCCUACUUGCGAGUGAAAGCUUUUAAUCAACUGUCUUUAAUAAACAUGAACUGGCUGGACAAACAUGUUAAUGAUUAACCAGAGUAAACACUUAGACCAGUUAUGUCCUGAUCCAGUGUCCAUACUUCUCUGCUGUGUGUUGUCAUAUGAAUAAAACAUACAACGUCA